AUGGACACAAUGGACGAAAUCAGAGUCGAUUUUCUGCCUUCUGAUAGCAUUUACUUCAUUGUGGGAAUCAUUAACAAGAAGCUCGAUGUGAAUCAGUUCCAAAAUGUCCAUUCUUGCCGCAGUGGGCUAUCGGAUUUUUGUCUAGGAUUGUUGAAACGGGGCAUCCAGGUACCUGUUUCCACAGCUGAAAUUGCACUCAAAAAUCUUGGAGGAAGAUUAACUGCUAUAAAUCAGCAAGAAAUUGAUGUGGUUAAUGAUCAUUUUUGGAGUGUCCAUUUCCUUCAAAAAUGGGGUACUAGAAAGCUAGAGGGCUUUAGCAUUCAUAGUUAUAUUGUUCGUGAUCUUGAUGGUACUGGAAACAAAAGGGAAAACCCUGAAACAAAUCCAAGGAGACAUUAA